GAAAUUUUGUCUUAAAACUUCAGAGUUACAAAGGACAAGAGAAUCCAACUUCCCCAGUGAUUUUUCUUUUAUUUUACGGGGAGGUAAUCACAUGGGCAAAGACACUUGUUGCGGUUAGCUAUAUUAAAAUUCAAGGAAACUGUGGGGAAAUCAGGUGCAGUGCUUGUAUUCCACCGUCUCAAUCUUACCUUUGCCUUUGAAACUCACGAGGGUUUGCUUUCUUUGCCCUUCAUUUUCAGCCCCUUCAUGUUUUCUCGCCCCUCCUUAUUUCUUGCAUCAUUUUCUGCUACUAAAACCACCCCAAAUCCUAAGCAGAAACAGUUAAACUUGCAAACCUAUCUGCUUUUGUUUGUUAUGUUUAUACUGUUUUUUUGUGUGACCUUAUGAAGAAGGAUCUGCGUUCACAUUGGAGUUUAAGGAAGCUGAUGGCUAGCAAUGGGAUGUUAUACCCAAUUCUCGGAUUUGCUUCUUGUGUGGCUUUGAUUUAUAUGUCUUUUGGUGAUUUGAAGCUUAGUCGUUUCCCUAGGGAACAGAGAUUAAGUUUUGUGCAAAGGAAUGGGUCUCAGUUCUUUUUGGAUGGGAAACCUUUGUACGUUAAUGGAUGGAAUUCGUACUGGUUAAUGUCCCAUUCUGUGGAGGAAAAUACUCGACCUAAGGUCAGUGCAAUGCUUGAAGCUGGUGCGAAGAUGGGUCUCACUGUUUGCAGAACUUGGGCCUUCAAUGAUGGAGGCUAUAAUGCUCUCCAGAUUUCCCCUGGGCAAUUCGAUGAGCGAGUCUUCAAGGGCUUGGACUAUGUCAUUGCUGAAGCAAGGCAACAUGGAAUUAGGCUUAUUCUUAGCUUAGUAAAUAACUUGCAACCAUAUGGUGGAAAGACACAGUAUGUCAACUGGGCGUGGCAAGAAGGCAUUGGUUUGAGCUCUUCUAAUGAUUCCUUCUUCUUUGACCCAUCAAUCCGCAAAUAUUUCAAGAACUAUGUCCUGUCUGUCCUCACCAGGAAGAACACCAUCACUGGAAUCGAAUAUCGGAAUGAUCCUACCAUCUUUGCUUGGGAGUUGAUAAACGAACCCCGUUGCAUAACCGAUCCUUCUGGGGAUACUCUUCAAGAUUGGUUAGAAGAGAUGACGGCUUUCAUAAAAUCAAUCGACAAAAACCAUCUAUUGACCAUUGGCUUAGAAGGAUUUUACGGUCCUAAAAGCCCCAAGAAGUCAACUGUGAAUCCAGAAGAGUGGGCCUCAGCCCUUGGAUCUGAUUUUAUGCGCAACUCGAACAUGACACAUGUUGAUUUUGCCUCUGUUCAUAUAUAUGCCGACCAAUGGUUUCAUCAUCUCGGUUUCGAAGAGAAACGGAACUAUGUUUACAAGUGGAUGCGAUCACACAUUGAAGAUUGUGACAAGGAACUGAAGAAGCCGGUCAUGUUCACCGAGUAUGGCUUGUCGGACCAGAACAAAGACUACCAGCCAUCCCAACGAGAGCAGCUUUAUAGAACUGUUCUAGACAUCAUUUACAAGUCAGCAAAGAAGAAAGGGUCGGGGGCAGGUGCUUUAGUAUGGCAAUUCUUCGUGGAAGGAAUGGCAGAAUACAGCGACGAUUUCGGUAUCGUACCAUGGGAGUCCCCACCGAUAUACAAACUGACUGUAGAACACUCGUGCAGAUUGGCUAGAAUCCAAGGACUUAUUCAAGAAAACGAAAACUUCAAACAACUAUGUUCCAAGAGAGAGGAAAGCUAGCGCUAUCAGAAAAUUUGAUUCAUUCUGGGGAGGUAGUUUGUGGGAGAUAUAAAAAGUUUAUUGGUAGUGUAUUCUUCUUCU